CCGAACGCCGAUACGGUGUGCUGCUACAACAACCAGGUCGACUACUUUUGCUGCCUGGAUGCGAGUGCGGACCAGUGCCCCGACUAUCAUCAGGUGACCGCCGUCAUCCAGAACAACUUCCCCCAAAAUCCGUUCGCGCUGAAGUCGUAUUUCUUCCGCGAGGGGAUCGAGGAUGAGAUCGUUGACAAUGGACUAGCCGAGGAAGGGCCAAACGAUUCGGGGAUGGCUGUCGAAAGAAACGGCCCCGACAGCGGCUUCAUCUUCUGCUCGUUGGGGCUGCUGGGGAUGGUAGUGGUGGCGGCCGUAAAUCCACCGCCCGCCGAUAUUGCGCCCAAGCAGGUCAACGAGUACCCGCAGUACCUGAUGACGAUCGGACUGCUUGCCUUAUUCGGCUGGAGCCUCUUCUCACUCCAUUUCCUCGGCGUCAUCGCCACGUCCAUCAGCAGCUCGUUUCUUCUGUCAAUAUUCAUCCUCUACCAACUUGGGCAGUUGUGUGCCCAAUUUGUUAUUCUUGCCUUCACGCUGACGGUUCGGACGAGGUUACACCGCCGACUCGAAGACGUUUACAUCGGAAAAGCGCGCUGCUCGACAGGGUUCGGCUGUGAGCCGGUCAGCCGUUUCCAACAUUCCGAGACGCUACUCAUCGUCUUCUUCUCGGUGUGCACGUUGGCACAGAUCGCGCUGCUGAUCGCCUCGUCGGUGCUGUGCGAGCGCAUCUCCUACAAAGAACUGCUGAAAGCACAAGCGCAGCGCGAACGCGAAGAAGACGAGGAUGCCCUCUUUGCUGAUGAUGGCCACGAGACGGCGCUGAGUACGGCUAGAACU